GUGGAUUCGGCGGGGGCUGCGGCGCCGCCGGAGCUUGGUGCGUUAUGGGUCGCAACAAGAAGAAGAAGCGAGAUGGCAACGACCGGCGGCCGCGACUCGUUCUCAGCUUCGACGAGGAGAAACGGCGAGAGUACCUGACAGGCUUCCACAAGCGCAAGGUGGAGCGGAAAAAGGCAGCCAUUGAGGAGAUCAAGCAGCGGCUCAAGCAGGAGCAGAAGAAACUCCGGGAGGAGCGUCAUCAGGAGUACUUGAAGAUGCUGUCAGAGAGAGAGGAGGCGCUGGAGGAGGCGGACGAACUGGAGCGGCUGGUGACCGCCAAGACCGAGUCUGUGCAGUACGACCACCCCAACCACACAGUCACCGUGACCACCAUCAGUGACCUGGACCUCUCGGGGGCCCGGCUGCUGGGCCUGCCCCCGCCUGAGCAAGGGGCCGGUCUCAGAUGUGAGGAGGAGCCGCCAUCCCCAGAGAAGCCGGCCAGGGCCUUACCCAGGAAGUCCCGAGACCCCCUGCUGUCCCAGCGGAUCUCCUCUCUCACGGCAUCGCUGCAUGCGCACAAUCGUAAAAAGGUCAAGAGGAAACACCCCCAACGGGCCCAGGACUCCACCAAGAAGCCCCCGAGCGCCACUCGCACCAGCAAGACCCAGCGCCGCCGGCUCACGGGCAAAGCCCGGCACAGUGGGGAGUGAGCCCAAGACCCGGGCCCAGCCCAGGCUGCCGGCCGCCUGUCUCAGCGUGGCAGUCCUGGAGCCCAGCCUGCACCCGGCGACGGCUGCACAGCCAGGGGUGGGAGGCAGGUGCCUGUCCCACCCCAGCUGUACCCCUGGGCUCAGGCCCCAGGACGAGCCGGCAGCCACUCGUUGGCCUUCUCAGGGCUACGGGGCAUCUUAGCACGUGCACCUCCACUCGGCCUUCAUCAGUUUCUGAGACUCAUUGCAGUGUCAUCUGUUGGUCCCUAACACUGUGCUGGGGGGGGGGGGGGGGCGGUGUGGGAACUGCCCAGGGAGCAGGCCACGCUUGCUCUCUGGCACUUUCUCCGAGGGUGGGGAAAGACAUGUUAGAUCUGGGCCCCCAGCAGCCCUGGAGGCCGACCGGCCACCACUGCUGGAGAAGCAGCACUGGACCAGUGGGCAGUGCCAGGCUCUGUGGGUUUGUCCCUCCGCCAGGGCCCGCUGGUCUCCACUGAGGUGGCGGUGGUAGAGCAGGUGAGUCUUGGAGCAUUUCCCACCUCAAAUCUGGCCACCUCUCCACCUCCAGCAGCCCCCAGUGAAAGGAGCAGUUAAUCCUUUUAGAAGGUCCCGAGGGUGGGUCUUUCAGAGUGGGGCCCCUCAGGAACUCCACUUGGUGUUCUGCAGAGGCUGCCGCUGCUUCCAGAUCUUCCCAGCCUGUCCUCACGGCCUGUCCCAGCUGGUGAGCUCCGCCUCACACUCCCUCUGCUCCUGACCCAGCAGGGCGGUGGGCAGAAUCCAGGUGACUGAGGCCAGCCACCCGCUGGGGCCUGUCCUGAGCAGGCGGCCCUGCCCCACUCCUGGGCCUCUGGUUCUGGAGCCCAGGGGUUUCUGCUGCGUCCUGGUUGGGGCACAGGUAGAGCCUCACAUCGGGGCCGCAGGAGUCGGCGGGUGGGGGCGGUGUGUCAGCUGUCCUCAGCCACGGGGAAACUCCUGGGCUAGUGACAGGUUGGCUGUGAGAAGAGUGUGCAUGGUGACAGCCAGGCCCAGGCGGAGGGAGCGGGUCUGCGGGGCCCGCUGGCGGGCCUGCAGGACCAGCCUUGUCCUGCCGCCUGGGACAGGCAUGUCCCCUGUCACCACCAAAACCCACCUCUGGAGACUUCUGCCGUUGGCCAUGCGCAACUGAAGGCCACACCUGGGCUUGGGAAUGCGAAACGGCUGGUGGCUGGGAGGCUCCGAGCCCGGCUUCUCGGCUCCUUUACCCUCUUCUGCAGACUUUCCUUUGUCCUCCCUGUGCUUGGGCUGGGAUCGCUGCCUGUGUCCCGGGCACGGUGGGGCCUGUGCCUGCUCUUCGGUGUGCUGGCUCCCACCGCGCCACCCCGUGAGCUGGCAGAGCUGACCGGGUGUUUGUACAUGCGGAGGGCUCGUCUGCCUCUGCCUCUGCCGCUGGGCCGCAGCGUGACUCGGCUGCCUGCAGGGCCCAGGCACGGCCGUGGCACCUGCCGUCCCAGCGUGCUCUCUGCAGCGCCUGCCACUGGCUGAGACCCGGCUCUCCUGCCCACCCCAGCACAUGGGACUGUUCACAGCUUGCAUCUGGAAUUGUAAUGUUUACAAACAAGUAUUAAAGUUCUGUGUGCUCUCCUGUUUGUGCCAUCAUCUUCUGGCCGGCCAAGGGAGUCCCAUGGUUUUGUCAAGUCAUUAGAACCUUCUGAGAGCUGCUCUUUUUCUCCCAGGACCCCUUUCCAUGUUCCAUGCUAGAUUCUUCAUCCAGGUACCCCAUCCCUGCAGCACCGAGGGAUCCUCAAUGCUCUAUUAAGAAGGAUUAAAUU